CCGCGGAACACAAACGGAGCGGGAAAGCAGAAACGCAGAGAGAACCGACCCAGAAUGUCUUUUAAAAGCUUCUUAAAAGCCGAGCAGGAGUUUUAUGAGCUGAAGUGUAGAGCGGCGGAGUAUUACAGAGCCAACCGAGUCCCGCAGACCUUAGAGGGGCUUUUAAAUCAGCUGUUUGAGGACAAACCCGGUGAUAUUUACGGAUACAUGGCGAAUUACUUCUCCAGGUUGGCUCACGCUCCUGUGAUCAGUUCCAUCGUGGGCAGGGAGGUGUAUGACAGCAGAGGGGAAGUAGCGCUGCAGGCAGACGUGUACUGUGUGGUCAGGAACGAAGAAAAGUUGGUGUGCAGUGCAGUGAUUACUGGUGCUGAUGAUGAUGGAGUGGAGUCAAGGGAUGCGGUUGCUGACGGUAACCAUCAGCAGGCGUCCGUGGCGACUGCUCUGGAGUGGAUCAGAGAGCAGCUGAGUGCCAUGCUGUGUGGCUUUAACCCUGCCCACCAAACACAGCUGGACAAAGUGCUCAGUGAUUUUCUCAUGGCUCGUUAUCUCGAGGAACAAGAUGCUCGUAACAGAGAGAGGAAGAGUGAGGAAGAGGAAAAGAGGAGUGAAAGUGCACAUGAGGCCACGCCCCCUCCCCCACCUUCUCAAAGCAAAGACAAGAAAGGAGGAGAGAAAGGUAAGAAGCGAAACAGUGUGGAGAAGCUGGUCCCUCCUCCAGAACAGCCAGUGCCUGUGUUGCCAGGAGCGAUGGUGGUGGCUGCUGUUUCACUGGCAGCAGCCAAAUCUGCUGCAAGCCUCUCUGCAGUUCCCCUCUACAAACACAUCAUCACUCUCAGAGACCCACAGGCUCUGAGUUCAGUGUUCAUGCCUGUACCCCUGCUAACAGUGUUAAGCUGUGGAAGAGCAUCGGCAGGGAAACUCAACCUGCUGGAGGAACUCAUCCUGCUGCCCACCAGGACACACUCCCCCUCACAGAUCAUCAGGAUGGGCCGUGAGCUCCAAAGAGAAAUAAAGAGAAUCACCACCACUGCAGCUGGUAAAACUGGGCUUGCAGUAUUGGGUGUAUCUGAAGGGGGCGGUCUGCAGCUGGGGUUUGACCGCCCGGAGCAAGCUCUCGACCUGCUGAUGGAGGCAUGUGCCAACCUGGGACUGCCCAUUGGCACAGAGCUCCGGCUAGCGAUAAACUGCGCUGCCCACAUGCUUAUGGAUUACCCGAAGGGGAAGUAUGAAGUGGUGGCGGGGACUCUGAAAUCUCCAGAUGAGCUGGUGGACAUGUAUGUGGGGCUGGUCACUAAGUACCCAGCUAUUGCAGCCCUCAUUGACCCCUUCAGGAAAGAGGAUGUAGAACAGUGGCUGAAGCUGGGCUCUCUGAUUGGCCAGUCAUGCUGCCUGAUUGCAGAUGCGGCGGUCAGUCCGGGUCCAUGCUGGAGGGAUGCCAAACCCCUCCCCCCAGGGGUCACAUGGGUCACUCACAGACUCUGCAGUGAGAUGACCCUCACUGACCUCCUCCACGCCGUCUCAGAGAGAAGAGAUGGAGAGACCAUUCUAGCGGUCAGCAGUGAGGAGGUCGGUGACGACUCUCUGAUGGAUGUGGCUGUAGGUGUGGGUGUGACGUUCAUUAAGCUGGGGGGCCUGAGUGGAGGGGGGCGGAUGAAUAAGUACAACCGACUGCAGAGUAUAGAGCAAGAGCUGCAGGAGCAAGGCAUUCUGGGAGGGGUGCGGGAGAUGAAGUUGCCGUGGGAAGCAGAGGAGGCGGAGUCAAACCCAACCACAGACGAACUGCCUGCAUGACCAGCUACUGUCCCC